AUGGGGGCCCAGGAGGUUAUAACCAUCAAGACUCGAGGGAUCACUAAGAAGAGUCUGUUUGAGGAGGUUGAGAUCAUUUCCCAAACAAUGCCCAGGUCGGAGCUGACGACUUUGGGCCUAGUCAGGUCAGCUCUAAGCUCCUCUACCCUAGGUCUUGAGGCUGCCACCCACAUCAAUGCCCUUGCUGUAGAGAUGCACCACACAAAGGGGGAGCUUAGUGCCAAAGAGACUGGUCUUGCUUCAACAAAGAGGCAAAGGGGAUAUCUUGCUAACCAGUUGGUAGCUUCUACCUCCUUUGAACUCUCAUUAAAGGACUUGUUGGAAUCAAGAGAGGUCUCCCUUGUUCGAGCUACUAUGGUGGCAGAAAGAGCCAAGCUUGAGAAAGAUAAGGUGGUGGAGGAGAACAUCUUGUUGAAGUCUCAGUUGGCUAAGACAAGAGGCCUUCCUUGUUUGACCUACUAA